AUGUUUAGUGUUCCUGUUAUUCCUUCAUCUGAUCUUCCAACGGUUGAGGAUGUGAGAGGAUUUAAUGCCGAAGAACUUAAUGGCUUUUUGAAAAGGAGGUUAAACAGCAUCGAUAAUCACAUAAACACCUUAACAGCUCAAGAAGUUAUGGGCGUAGACUUUCUCGCACUAAAAUAUGAAAUACUUGAAGUAAGUGAAGUUAUUCUCGCCCAAACCGUGUCAAUAAUACCGAAUACUUACUUAUUCUUGUGCUGUUCUUUCCUGCUUCUUAUCGUCAAACCCACAAAAAAACACAUUCGCAUUAUCGUAGAUCAACCCGUUGCUGAAUCCUCUAGUAAACGAAGAAAAUACGAUAACGAUGACGAAAAACUGGGAAGGUUUUGGAAUGCUUUGAAGGGUGGGAAAGUUGAGAAGCAUGAUGGUGGCCAGUUUCUUGAAUUAUCAAGGGACGUUUACUAUCUUCUAGCAAAGAUGAACAAGAAUGAAAAUGUCCGCCGUUGGCGUAUUACCGGCAAUCCGGGAAUUGGGAAAACCUUCUUCGGUUAUUAUCUACUCUAUCUCCUUUCACAACAACGUAAAACAGUUGUAUAUCACAAACUUAACAGGUCUCCGAUUCUCUUCAGUGAGGAAGGUGUUUUUAGUCAUGCCGUAGACAAUAUUCGUGCAUUCAAAGAUUACUUGGGAAAUGAAGAAGUUUGGUAUAUCGUGGAUGGUAGGGAACCGAUGGAAUAUGUCGCCAAGACAAUUCUCGUCUGUUCGCCCCAGAAACGCCACUACAGUAGCUUUGACAAGCUUGGAACAACUAUUCGGUACAUGCCGGUAUGGUCUUGGGAAGAGAUCGAUGCAUGCAGGACUAAGCUUUUCCGUAAUCUUACUCAAGAAUAUGUUCGGAAAUUAUACAAUGAAUGGGGUGGAAUUCCUCGGUUUACCUUGUUUUAUGCUCUCAAUGAUUCUCAGCAAGAUCUUCUUCUAAGGGCAAUUAAUUCGGUUAACGAUAAUUUGUUAAAUUUUGUUGGUGAGACUACAGAUGAUAAUAGCGCCAGUCAUAAAAUCGUCCAUAUCUGCACGAACAUACCAAAAGGAGAGGAUGAAGGAGAAGAUGGAGAGGAAGGAGGUGAAGGUGUGGAAGAUGUGGAAAUAACGGAAGUAGAAGAUAAUCCUGGAGAGUCCUCUACGUCAAAAUCUCCCGCAGUAACUAGACCAGAUAAAAGGAAAAAUGUUAUAGGGAAGGGAAAACCUUUCUAUUCAAUGUCAACUCUAGAGUUUGCGUCUGAUUAUGUUUCUGAAGAGAUAAUGGAUAAACUCAUAAAGAAUUAUAGAGACAAGUUGGAGAAUUUCGUGAAGGCUAGCUCAUCGAUAAACGAUUACAGUUCACUCCGGGGCGCUAUAUUCGAGCGGAUCGCUCACAGAAAGUUAUUAAAAGGAGGAUCAUUUAGGACUCGCCCUUUAUUCGCAUCAACUGUCUCUUGCUUCGGGGCGAAUAAUUCAAACCUAUCAAUACCCACUCGGAAAAAACGGCUGUUUAGUGACAUUAGUGAGAUUGUUCCUAACAUGUAUUGUAUUCCAACUCAAAAGAAUAAUGCGUCUUUUGAUGCGUUCGUUUUUCCCGACACAUUCUUCCAGAUGACUGUUUCUGAGAAUCAUCCUAUUAUAAAGAGUGGGUUGGAAAAAUAUAUUAAGGAUGAUAAUUCGGAUAUCAAAUUUUAUUUUGUCUUACCGAAGGAAAUAUAUAACUCUUACCAAGAGCAGGUUCUUUACACCACUAAGAGAACUGUUCUCAAGAAUAGGCCACCUUGGAUUAAUCGUCUUAGGCAAUAUGCUCUGGAAAUUGACCUGAAAUUGUAG